AUGCUGAUGGCAGAGAGCAGCCUGGACGAUACCGCGAAGGAACUCUCCCUCAAUGGCAGCCGCGAUCGCACCUCGGCCCCGACCCCGUCGUAUGCCGCCAUACGUGCCACGAGGGUCUUUAGACCCAUCAAGGCCCAGCACGGCUCUGUCCUCGCCACCCAGCCCCAGCACGGCUUUCUCCUCCCCACCCAGCCCGAGCACGGCUCUGUCCUCCCCGCCCAGCCCCAGCACGGCUUUCUCCUCCCCACCCAGCCCCAGCACAACUUCCUCCUCCCCACCCAGCCCGAGCACAGCUUUCUCCCCACCCAGCCCUACGGGAGGGCGAUGGCGCGCGCGCGCGAUGAGUUGGGGAUUUAG